CAACCAUCAGACAGGAGAAGAAGUCAAAGGAGCUGACAAGAGUCACCAAAAGAGUGAAAGAAUUGAAACCUUAAAGCAGUCAAACCCUCCUAAGAUGAAGACAUUCAGUGUUGCAGUUGCAGUGGCCGUCGUGCUCGCCUUCAUUUGCCUUCAGGAGAGCUCUGCUGUCCCAGUCACUGAGGUGCAAGAGCUGGAGGAGCCAAUGAGCAAUGAGUAUCAAGAGAUGCCAGUGGAAUCGUGGAAGAUGCCGUAUAACAACAGACACAAGCGUCACAGCAGCCCCGGUGGCUGUCGCUUUUGCUGCAAUUGCUGUCCUAAUAUGAGGGGAUGUGGUGUCUGCUGCAGGUUCUGAGGAUUCCUGCUCCAGCCUGGGAUUUACACAGCUACUACUUAAUAUUCUUUUAACCUUUUUCACUCAAUUUUACAACUUCCAGUAAUACUCCUGGUUGUAAAUAUCUGAGGAUGUGACUGGAUUUGGUCAUGCGGUUGUUAAUGUGUGCUCAGUGAUGUGACUGCAUCAUCCUAUAACUAUACCUGCAGAUACUACUGUGCAUUGUCACAAUAAACUUACCUUUUACUGAUAUAUAA